GUUUGUUUGUUUUUUGCUUGUCCCGAGUGAACAGCGCCCGCGUAGCGCGGGCGGGUCCGCGGCGAGAGUUUUCCCGGGCUCGAUCCUGCCCAAAACACAGGCCUCUCCGGCCGUGGGGCGCCGGUGGCGGGGUGAGGCACCGAGGUGCCGGGGGAACGGCGCCAGCUCGCCUGGGUCACAGAGUCGUGGAAUCACAGAGAGGUUUGAGCUGGAAGGGACCUUCAGGAUCAGCUGGUUCCAACCCCCUGCAUGGGCAGGGACGCAUGGUCGCUUCAGACUGCGGUAGUGGCCCUCGGUGGAUGAGGUGCUCUUUCAUUUUUGAGCAGCGUAAAAGACAGUGGUUAACUUGGAGGAAGGUUUUUUUUGUUUUCCUCUUACUGUUGUCUGUUGACUAUCAGUCUUGGUGAAACGCAGGCCAGGGCCUUCCUUACUCUCACUUGGUGAAAUAGUUCUUUUUUGGCUUUUAAGAGUGGACACUGAAUUAAGUCCUUUGGACAGGGAGUAUCCCCAGUGCAAUUAGCCUCAGCUAUUCUGGGUGGGCUUUUGCUCUGACUGUUUAAACUUUCUGACUCCAUCUUAAAGUAAAACAUGACCUUGUACUGCUCAUACACUGUUAAAAGAUUUAUUGUGCUUGCAGAACAGUGUAAGAGGGAAUUCUGGGAUCAUACCCCAGGACUUUGCAGUAUCUGUCUGUCUAGCAUGAACCUGUUCUCAGCUGCUCCUGGGGAGGGAAUCUGGGAUCUUCUGUAUUAGCCCAUUUUUUCUUAGCACUGGAAGACCUGGAUGCAUCAGGUAAGACACCAGCAAGUGCUGAAGUGGACAGAUGUUGAAAAACAGAACUUGAGAUUUGGUGGGCUUGAAACUACAAACUCCACUGCCAGUGGGUUUAAUUUUGGGGGUUUCGGAUUAACUGCUAAUCCUGCAGUGAAUUUUAAUAUUGGGAAUUUCGGUGUUUCUACUACCUCAACUCCACCAUUCAAUUUUGGUAACAGUCUGGCAAGUGCAGGUGCAUUUGGAGGAUUUGGGACAACGACCACCACUGGAGCACCAGCCUUUAGUUUUUCUGCUCCCACCAACACAGGCACCAGCGGACUCUUUGGUGCUACCCAGAACAAAGGCUUUGGAUUUGGUACUAGUUUUGGCACGGGAACUGGAACUGGCUUGGGUAGUGGGUUGGGAACUGGGCUAGGCUUUGGAGGCUUUGGUACCCAGCAGCAACAGACCACACUAGGAGGCGGCUUCUUCAGCCAGCCUGCUCAGACACCUGCCCAGUCGAACCAGCUCAUCAAUACAGCCAGUGCCCUCUCAGCUCCCACACUCUUAGGGGAUGAGAGAGAUGCUAUUUUGGCAAAAUGGAACCAGCUUCAGGCCUUCUGGGGAACAGGCAAAGGGUACUUCAACAAUAACAUCGCUCCAGUGGAGUUCACGCAGGAAAACCCCUUUUGCAGGUUUAAGGCUGUGGGUUACAGUUUAAUGCCCAACAACAAAGAUGAAGAUGGCCUUGUGGUCUUGGUCUUUAACAGAAAAGAAGCAGAUAUUCGAAGCCAGCAGCAGCAGCUCGUAGAAUCACUACACAAAAUUCUGGGAGGAAACCAGACCCUCACUGUCAACGUAGAAGGGGUUAAAACAAUGCCAGAUGACCAGACAGAAGUGAUCAUUUACGUCGUUGAGCGCUCACCCAACGGCACUUCGAGGAGAGUCCCCGCAACGACCCUCUACGCCCACUUUGAACAAGCCAACAUAAAGUCCUCCCUGCAGCAGCUGGGGGUCAGCCUCUCCAUGGCCAGAACAGAGCUUUCCCCUGCACAAGUCAAACAGCUGCUGCAGAACCCUCCUGCUGGUGUUGAUCCUAUUAUAUGGGAACAAGCCAAAGUUGAUAAUCCUGAUCCUGACAAGCUUAUUCCUGUACCAAUGGUGGGUUUCAAGGAACUGUUGAGAAGAUUGAAAGUCCAAGAUCAGAUGACCAAACAGCAUCAAACUCGAUUAGAUAUAAUAUCAGAAGAUAUCAGUGAGCUGCAGAAAAACCAAACAACAACUAUGGCAAAGAUUGCACAGUAUAAAAGGAAACUGAUGGCACUUUCUCACAGAACAUUACAGGUGUUAAUAAAGCAGGAGAUCCAGAGGAAAAGUGGCUAUGCAAUUCAAGCAGAGGAAGAGCAGCUUCGUGUACAGUUAGACACCAUUCAGUGUGAACUUAACGCACCUACGCAGUUCAAGGGCAGACUGAAUGAGCUCAUGUCCCAAAUCAGGAUGCAAAACCACUUUGGAGCAGUGCGUGCUGAAGAGCGCUAUUACAUAGAUGCAGACCUCUUAAGGGAAAUCAAGCAACAUCUGAAGCAGCAGCAGGAGGGCCUGAGUCACCUAAUUAGCAUCAUAAAGGAUGACCUGGAGGACAUCAAACUUAUAGAGCAUGGGCUGAACGAGAGUCUUCCCAUCAGAGGAGGAGUCUUCAGUUGACUGGUGCUGGGCUUACACAGAACGUUGCUCAAAUUCAUGGUUCACCUUCCAAGGCUAAAACUGUUGAGGUAAAAUAAAACAUGUACCUUCUAGGAGCAGUGGUAUUUUGGUUGUUAUCUUUAGAAUUAGCAAAGGCUCUUCUAAGCUUUUGAACUUGACCUUUGGAAGGUUUCUAUUUUGUAAAGCUGUAUAUGCUUUAACAACAGAAGGAAAACUGAAUCUGUUCAGGUACCAUUUUACGAUAAAACUAUAUGUACUAUUGUACAUUUUUUCUUUUUUCCCUUUUUUUUUUUUUACAACAGCAUUGUCCUAGAAAUGCAGUGCCAAGGGAACUCUGUUCCACUUGGUUUGUGGAAAGCUUAGCCCCCGUCUGCUUUUUUGUCAAAAGAGCCAAGUAACAUCAUUAUGUAAACAGCUGAUUUAAGUCAUGACAGAUAUAUAUGUUGCUGUAACUGUGUCAGUCUCUGCAGUACCAGUAGUUUACUGGGGCAAGCUGCAGGAAGUUUGUGUUUCCAGUUUCUUUCCUUCCUUUGGACUGCAAGGAGCUGAAGGUUACGGUUUUGUCGCUUUACAUAUGUGAGUUAAAGCUUUGCUGCCCCUCAAAUAACAACUGAAUGUCCAGACGUUGUCUUUUGCCUUUUUUUAAUUGCCAGGGAAUAAUAAAUACAGUCUGACUUUGUAAUAA